AUAACAUCGAGACGAGUGUAUUUAUGUACUUGGUUGGGUACCCAGUUGAUGGUUUGGUAAUCAUAUCAAAUAAUUCUGCGGAGAAACUUCAUUCAAAAUGUGUUCAUACGGUACAAUGAAGAUUUUAUUUUUUAUAUUGCUCCAACUGACAGGUGUUUAUUCAACUCAUAAAGUUAGUUUGGAAAACGACAUCACGAGUCAUAUAGAUAACUGGGUGACCAGUAUAUUUACGUUUGGUGGCAAAAAUGGAGCCGAAGCAGUCUCCAAAAUAUAUGGCAGUGAAUUGAAUGAAUUUGAAUACAAUAUUGGCAACCAAGAAAACAACUCGCACGCAAAAUAUAUCUUCCAAAACAUUCGUUUUCGCGCACCUUACGGUACUGAAGGUGCAGUGGUAGUACAACAAAUCAACUGGAAAUUAUCUGAAAGUAAAAUCAGCACAUUCUUUGACCAACUUCGAUUUCUUAUUGACGUGGAAGUAAAGACCGGUAUAGGCAACUACGAAAAAAAAAUUUCUAUGUACGCAAGGUUUAAAAACCUCACAUUGACUGCUUUGGGAUCGUACACAAAAGAUGACUAUUUGAAAAUCACGCACGAUUUUACCUGCAAUGCCGUCGAAUAUUGGACCGAAAGUGACUAUCUUCAAGGAAAUCUAACCUAUGAGGAUAAAAAACAGAUACAUCGAGAAAUAAAACCAAUAUUGCCUACCAUUUUACGAAAAAGUCUAAAUACCAGUCAAAAAUCCAUUCAGAAAAUCGACGACCUUUUCCAAGAGUAUGAGAAACCGAGACAAGAAAUAAUUUCAGUACAUCCGGAUUUCAUGAGCAAUCCGCUCAAGUAUUACUACCUCAUACCGAAGAUUCCUUUUUUCUGUUUUAUUUUAAAACGUAUCGUUAUCCAUGGCUUGUCGAAUUUUGAAUCGUAUCAAGCUCAAACGAGUUUUAGACUUUUUACACACACUUUACUCAUAAGAAAUAUUCAAGGAAGUAUGACUUUGGAUUACCGAUCUGAGAAAGAAAAAUCUUUAAAAUUGAAUUUCCAAAUCGAUUGCUUUAUCUUAUCGAAAAAGGACGGAAGCGAUUGCAUUUAUGCUCAAGCGAAAUAUUACACCAUCACUCGAAGAAAAACAAACACCACGUUAAGCGGUCGCCAGUCAGGAGUGAUUAUAAAUCGACUAGAAUCAGUGUUGGCUUCAAGAUUAUUAGGUCUACCAUCAAAGAAAAUUGAACAAAUCUGUGACGUAGAAAUGCCGGUGGAAAAAAUUGAAAUUUCAAACUGUUCGGAUUGGAAAACAAUAAAAGAAUCGUAUAAAGAAUGGAUCCCAUUUAAUGACGACAAAGAAAUCAAAAAAUGACAAUUCGAGCAAAAAAAUACUCAUUUUCGGAAAAUCUAGUAGGAGAUUUUAAGGAAAUCGCAAACGAAGAUGCGCCUCAAGUCAUAAUGGCAAUCAUAAUAUUUGAAUGAAGUAUUCCCAAACAACUCCAAAAUGUGGUAUACUACAUACAACGAUGAACAAUUACUAGAAAUCUCUCAAAGUCCUUGAAACUGCAUCAAUCAAGCAACCAUGUCUUCAAUUAAAUCUAUAUUUUGUGAAUAAUAUGUAUUUUAUAUCCAAUCAGUAAAUUCAUAACUUGGCUCUA